AUGUCAGUUAUAGCACGUCAAAGAUCCGAAGAAUUCUUCAAGCCGACCCAAAGAAGCGUUGAAGCAAAUGAUCAUGAUGUAGAAGAUGAGUCUUCUUUUGAUAAAAAAACGAUUGAGCAAUGUUGCUUGCAACCACAAAUAAAUAUUGAACCAAGAGUUGCUGAAGUUCUUAACAGCCCAACUUCAUCAAUAAGUAUUGGCUCAAUUCUGGAUACGCCAAAAAAAGGUUUUAUGAAGAAGGAACUUCUUGCUUGCAAAAGGCUUCUAACAAUGAAAAACCACAAAAUAUCAAACUUACGAAAACAAAAUAAUAGACUAAAGAAAAAAUACAGUAAUUUGAAGGAUGUUCUGUCUCUAUUAAAUAAACGUCAAACAGUAGAUCAGUCAUUACUUCAUGACCUAUCUAAACAUAUAGAAGUUACAGACACAUUUAAUGCUAUUUAUUUAAAGAACGUAAAAGGCAGAAAACUACCAUUUUCUCGAUAUCCACCAGGUGCCAGAAAAUUCGCUAUCACACCACACUUCUAUUGA